AUGGCACAACAACACCGCCGCGCAUGCUGUGGCCGGCGGGGUUCCGCACCCUGGCUUUGGGGCGUGGUGUUUACAGUAGUCCCGGAAGUGACGUAUAAUGCAGCGGCCGCCUGUCCCCCCCAUGUGGAAGCAAGCGCCGCUGGCAGUGGUAGCACGGGUGGCCGGAGGGGUCUUUCCGGGCCUGACAUGAAUCCGUUCGCCUGGUACCCGCCGCCGCCUCCCAUGUUCAGGCCCCCUGUGUUCUGCCCGCCCCCCGCCUGGGACCCCGGCUUCUGGGCGCCGCCGCCGCCUGCGGAUUAUCCGCCGCCUGGCGCAUGGUACCAGCCGUCAUCGGCGUACGGGGAGCUGCCGAGAGACCCGCACCCAGGUGGAAAUUGCCAUUUUACCCAAGAAUGGCAAGCUGAACCAACACCUGCAUUUUUUAAACAUUCUCCAGGUGGAAACUUCAAGCAAAAGAACAAAAGGAAAAAAGAACCAGUUUUCUCUCAUUAUUGUGAUACUUGUGAUCGUGGCUAUAAAAACCAAGAAAAGUAUGAUGAACAUGUUGCACAGCACACACAGUGUGCAGAACCUGGUUGCGGUUUCAGUGCACAUGAGAAGUUGGUUCAGAUUCACUGGAAGAAUAUGCAUGCUCCUGGUGCUAAAAGAAUACAGUUAGAUACUCCAGAGGAGAUUGCUAAAUGGAGAGAGGAAAGAAAAAGAAACUUUCCUACGUUGGCAAACAUUGAAAAGAAGAAAGCAUUACAGAUAGAAAAAGAGGAGAGAGGAGAAGUGCUGACAACAACACAGUUUGGCAAAAUGAAGGGAAUGUGGAAAGCUCCACAAGAUGAAGAGACUUCUGGGUGGCAAGGAAGACAGAAGAAGAAGCAGAAGCGUCAGUUCUGGAAGAAGUUUAAGAAAGGUGAUGGAGAUGAUGCAUCUCCGCUGAAAGCUCAGAAUUCAGCUGGUGGACCAGAAAAUCAUACGUUUGUUAAGGAACCUGAAAAAAAAUCUGUUUCAGAUGCACAGACCUAUAGGAAGGAUGUGGAUCCACUUGGCAUUCUGGCAAAUAGUGAUGCUGAAUCGGACAAGGAUGGAGCAACUGCAGAGGAUGGAAAGUUGGGAGUAACUGUCAUUCCGAAGCAGGUAACCUCUGCCCUGAGUUCACUGGUGACCAACUAUGGCAGCACAUCAGAUAGCGAGAGCGAGCCAGAGGAAGUUCCUGCCAAGAUUGUAGCAAAAGCUCUUAAGGAAAAUCAGACUAUCCUCCGAAAUAUUCCUCAGGCUUCAAAUAUCCCUAAAAGUCCAAAUAGCAUAAACCACAAGGAACGUGCAGAAUUUACAAGUGCAACGUUGGUGAGCUCAAAUACAAACACAGGGCAUUGCAGAGGUUCUAACAGACGGAGGAAGAAGUCGCUCCCUGUACUGCCCAAACGUCGUCCAACACUGCUGGAAAUGUUAUUAGCCCAGGACAUACGACACGAAAGGAAUGUGAUUCUGCAGUGUGUUCGAUACGUCAUCCGAAAUGACAUGUUUGGACUUCACUUAAAGACAGAACCAGUCGCUGAAACUGACAGCGGACAGGCUUCUAGAGCUGCAGCGGAGUUUUUGACAGUCAGACCUGAUGGAUCUAAUGUUUCUUGUAGCUCUGACCUUCAAUUAGCAGAAGAAGAACAAGAUGCAUUAUUUAUAUCUCAAAGUGACAAAGCAGCUAUAGGUCAGGCGUCACAGAUGAUUCACUAUAUAGACGAGGAGACAUGGGAAACCCCAGCGAGUCAGUGUGAAGAAAACUGACAUUUGUUACGGUAUGCCUCUGUCAUGGAGGGUGAACCAAAGGCUCAACUUUUGUACUUCACUGAAAUAUUUUUUGAAAGACAGUAGAAUAGGAAAAAAAUAAAUCCUAUCUUUUGUAUUUUAAGAACCAUUAAAAUCACUUUUCUGAA